AGACGGCCUCGUACGAUGCCCAAGCAGGUUGAUGAGAACCUUUCAGACACCAUGGGGGCCAUGAAAUCGCCCAUCUCGCUCCUUCUCGUCAGCCUGCUGUGUGUCAGCCAGCUGCAGCCCAUGGCCAUUUCAUCAGACACAGAUAAACACAGAGGGAACCAGGAGGUCAUCACCCAAUCAACAGAAUCUGCAGCCGAACAGAACAAUGGCUUCGGAUACAAAGGUUCUCGCCUUCGCCAGGAGGACUCCCCUCCCCGCAUCGUGGAGCACCCCUCUGACCUGAUCGUGUCCAAGGGGGAACCGGCCACUCUCAACUGCAAGGCCGAGGGCCGCCCGGCGCCCACAGUGGAGUGGUACAAAGACGGGGAGCGGGUGGAGACGGACCGCGACAACCCCCGCUCCCACCGCAUGCUGCUGCCAAGCGGCUCGCUCUUCUUCCUGCGCAUCGUCCACGGGCGACGGAUGAAGCCCGAUGACGGCAGCUACGUGUGCGUGGCCAGGAACUACUUGGGCCAGGCCAUCAGUCACAACGCAUCCCUGGAAGUAGCCAUCCUGCGUGAUGAAUUCAGACAGAACCCAGUCGACGUCAUGGUUGCGGUCGGCGAGCCCGCGGUGCUGGAGUGCCAGCCGCCCCGAGGGCACCCUGAGCCCACGAUCUCCUGGAGGAAGGAUGGUUCCAGCUUAGACGACCGAGAUGAGAGGAUCACAAUCCGCAGUGGCAAGCUGAUGAUCACCAACACCAGGAAGAGCGACGCGGGGAAGUACAUCUGUGUCGGGACCAACAUGGUGGGCGAGCGGGAGAGCGAGAUCGCUGAGCUCACCGUGCUGGAGCGGCCCACGUUUCUGAGGCGGCCGAGCAGCGCGGUGGUGCUGGCCGACGAGAACGUGGAGUUCCACUGCGUGGUGCAAGGAGACCCCGUUCCCACCGUCCGCUGGAGGAGGGACGACUCUGACCUGCCCAAGGGCAGGUUUGAAAUCCUGGAGGACCACACUCUGAUCGUCCGCCAGGCGACCUCCGCAGACGAGGGCUCCUACACGUGUGUAGUGGAGAACAUGGUUGGGAAGUCGGAAGCGUCCGCUACGCUUACUGUACACGUGCCCCCAGCGUUCGCCCUCCGCCCCAGGAACCAGGUGGCGGCCGUGGGCAGGACGGUCACCUUCCAGUGCGAGGCCACGGGCAACCCGCCGCCGGCCAUCUUCUGGCAGCAGGAGGGCAGCGAGAGCCUCCUGUUCUCCUACCAGCCGCCGCAGCCCUACAGCCGCCUGUCCGUGUCCCAGACGGGCAGUUUGACCAUCAGCGAGGUGAGGCGCUCCGACGGCGGCUUCUACAGCUGCCAGGCCAUCAACAUCGCCGGCAGUGUUAUCACCAAGGCCGUGCUGGAGGUCACGGAGUCUGGGUCGGACCACCCUCCUGUGAUCCGCCAAGGCCCACUCAAUCACACUGUUGCUGUGGACAGCACAGUGGUCCUGGGCUGCCAGACCGCUGGCUCCCCGCCUCCCGAGGUCCACUGGAAGAAGGACGGGGCGCUGGUGUCCCCAGUGGACUCCCGCAUGUCCUUGUCAAACGCCGGGUCGCUGGAGAUCCGCUACGCUAAGCUGGGAGACACCGGCCUCUACACCUGCGUGGCUUCCAGCCCCAAUGGGGAGGCUUCCUGGACCGCAUACUUGCAAGUUGAAGAGUUUGGAGUUGUGGUCCAGUCCAGUCAUCCCUCAGACCCCAGCCUCAUCCCCAGCGCUCCUUCUAAACCGGAGGUGACUGACAUCAGCCGUACUUCUGUGGCUCUGUCAUGGAAAUCCAGCCCCAGCCCCACACCUGUCACUUACCUAAUCGAGGCCUUCAGUUAUACUCUAGGAAGCAGGUGGCUGACCCUGGCUGAACACGUGAAGACGCAGAGCUUUGUCCUGAGGAACCUGAAGCCUGGGACGGUGUACCUCUUCAUGGUGAGAGCGGUGAACGUCUACGGCCUCAGUGACCCCAGCCCGAUCUCGGACUCUGUGAGAACUCAAGCCGACAGCACAUCCACCAGUCAACGAGUGGAUCCUCGCCACAUCCAGAGGGAGCUGGGAAACGUGGUUAUCCACCUGAAAACGCCGAGCGUCCUUUCAUCUUCUGCUGUCAGAGUGCGGUGGCUGGUUGAGCAGGAGUCCCCAUACAUCCAGGGCUACAAGGUGCUGUACCGGGCACACGCGGAGCAUGGCCAGCCCGAGGGCCAGUGGAGCGUCCUGGAGGUGCGGAGCCCACAGGAGGACGGGGUGGUGAUCGGUCAGCUGAGGCGAGCAUCCGUCUACGAGGUCAAAGUGCGACCCUUCUUUGAUGAGUUCCAGGGAGCUGACAGCGAGGUGAAGGUGGUCCGAACGCUGGAGGAAGCCCCUAGCAGAGCACCCCAGGGUGUUACGGUGACAAAGAGCGGUGCCAACGGGACCGCCAUCCUCGUUGCUUGGAAACCGCCUCCAGAACCGGAAGACAGCGUCGUUCAGGAGUACAAGAUCUGGUGCCUGGGUAAUGAGAGUCGCUACCACGUAAACCAGUCAGUGGAUGGCUCCACCCUCUCCGUGCUCAUUUCCAGUCUGGCACCGGGAAUCCGCUACAGUGUAGAGGUGGCGGCCAGCAACGGAGCCGGGCCCGGGGUCAGGAGCGAUGUCACUUUCUUUCAGUUAGACUCUGCCGGCCAGAUGAUGGAUAUCAGCGAGGAGAGGGACACGCUGUCUCAGAUCUCGGAUGUGGUGAGGCAACCGGCUUUUAUAGCCGGCAUUGGCGCCACCUGCUGGUUGGUCCUCAUGAUUUUCAGCGUGUGGCUGUAUCGUCACCGUAAGAAGAGAAGUGGCCUCAGCAGCACAUACACCGGCAUCCGCAAGGUCCCGUCAUUCACCUUCACACCUACAGUUGCAUAUCAAAGAGGAGACUCUGUGUGCGGCGCUGGCAGGCCUGGUCUUCUCAGCAUGGGUGAGCCUCUGAACCAGCUGUGGCUGCCAGACAAUUGGCCGAAUGCUUGUGCCAAUCACAAAGACUGUAGCAUCAACUGCUGCAAUAAUGGCAACGGCACCAGUGACAGCAACAUGACAACAUACAGCCGCCCAGCUGACUGCAUAGCCAACUAUGGAAGCCACCCUGAUGGCAAGCCGGGGGGCCCGCUUGCUCCCGAAAUGGCCAUUUACAGUGACGUGAACCUCUCCAACAAGCUCAACGACAUCACGAUGUUCAACAACACCAACCUGUGCUAUGGAAGCCCCGGGGGAGACUCGGCCACCUAUGAACCCAUCCCGUAUGCCACCACGCAGCUCAUCCAGGCAAACAUUAAGAACAAGGCAGCCGCUGGUGGCGCUGUGGGCGAGCCCAUGGACGUGCCCUGCUGGAAUCAGCCCCCCAACCCUCCCCCGAUACCGAAGGAGAUGGCAGCACAGAUGCAGUACAGCAUAACGGAGCAGAACAUGCUCAAUACAGAUCAUUUCCAUGGACACGAGGGAAUGAUGCACCCAAGGACCAUCCCUCACAACCAGGCCCAUGAUCACAGCACAGGGGGCUCACACCACAGCUCAGACAGAGGCAGCAGCAGCAGCACCUCAGGGAGCCAAAAUCAAAAGAAAGGACCACGCGGCCCGAAGGUGCCGAAGCAUAAUGCGGUCAGAUGGGGAGAGGCCCUGUCUCCGCCUCAUGCGACCGCCUGGGACUGUGACGAGUACAGCCUGCCGAUGGAAAGGAGUUGUGAUGCAGAGAAAAGAAUAGAGAGCUGUCCCAGUCCACCGGUUAGAGGGACAGCUUCAUCUUCCACUGAAGUGUCCUGUAGUCACCCACCGACCACAUCACCACAGGGAGACCUGAGUAAUGGCCUGCGUGAUCGAGCCGAGCACCUGAGCCAGCACGUCAGCAGCCACUCGGGCCCCGCCUCCCCGACGCACACCUACAGCUCCAUCCGCCGCUGCUCGGACACGGACGAACGGGACGAGGAGGAGGACGAGGACGCGGAGGGGGAGACGGACACCGAGCACAACGGGAGCCCCUUCGUCCAACACCACAGCCAGCAGAAGCAGAAACACCAGACGCAGCACCCGCCGGCACACAAGCUGCUCUACCAGGGCCUGGAGCAGACGCCGGCCUCCAGCACCGGGGAGCUGGACAGAUCGGUCACGGGGUCCAUGGUCAUGAGCUGGGGUUCGGCCUCUGAGGACAACAUCUCGUCCGGCAGGUCCAGCGUGGUCAGCACGUCGGAGGGCUCCUUCUUCACAGACGGGGAUUUCAACCAGGCCGUGGCCUCGUCUCGGGACAUUGCGGGCCUGCGCAUGUACAGAUACCAAGAGGAGCCAGGACGGCAGCCGCGGCGACCCAGCAGCCCCAUGUCUACAGACAGCAACAUGAGUCCUGCUAUAGCACAUAAAAGACCUAAGAGGCAUAAACACACCCAGUCUGCUCAGCAAGGCUGCCAGCCCCAAGAUGCCUUCAAUGACGAUUCGUGCACGCCUCUGAAUUUCACCAGCCCCGCGUCCCAUGGUGAUUAUAAAGCCCGGGGGGCCACGCUGCCCCGGAUGGGCUCCGGGGAGGCCCGGGGUCGACGGGGCAGCACGGGGACUCACAGGGUCAGGGAGGGCGCCUUGGAGCAGAGAGAGAGCCAGGACAAGAACAGGAUUCCACCCGGAGGAAAAGGAGGCAACAACAACCGACAGCAGCCAGAGUUUGGAGACAUUCUUCUGUACAGUCGCCCCUCUUUCCCACCAGGUAAUGCCCAGAGGGAGCUUGAUGAUUGUAUUUCAUCCGGUUUUAUGUCAAGGGGAGACUCAAGGACCAAACAGGGAGGUCAGGUGGCACCUGCAGGACAAGUGGAGGAGACCCUGAAGAGCUAAGAGGAGAAGCACAGGACGAUUAUCCUGCAGUUGUUUCAGACUGAACUUUACAUGACGGGGAAAAAAAAGACUAAAAAGAAGUAAAAUACUGCACAAUACAUGCUAUUCUUUUCUACUUGGGAUCAUUAAGUGUUGGGGGAAAAAGAAAAAAGGUGCUCUCGUGUCUAAGUCUGUGGACUCUGAUGCGCUGGCUGCCCAGUAAAGUGAGGCGAAUGCACAUUUGAUGGCGAAAACGUGAUUGAACUGCUUGAUGCGGUCGUAUGAUCUCUGCUUGUCGGUUUCUAGUUACUUUAAUGUACUUCAUUGCCAGACAUCUUGUAAAUUGUCGAGGUUGUUUACUGCCACAGAAGUGCUUCGAAUUCAGAUUUUAUAUAGCAGUGUUAAUGUUUUAUACCGUACGUGAUGUACAUCUUGUCUUUGUAUUAUUUGUCCUACUUUGGUUAUAAAAGCACAAUCACUUGAUUUUAUUCUGAGUCUUUAUAUGGAUUUCAGUCUGGAGCUAAUCAAUAUUUGGAGUCUUAUUAGUCAUCAGUUUAAUUGCAGGCUGAAAAAAAAUGGUUGUUGAUUGUGUUUGUGCGCUCAGUUGAGUUCAUUUGAGCUGUCGUGUGUACUGAGAGGAUUGCAUGCAGAUUCACCUCCAGGAGCUUUUGCUAAACAUCUUGUUUGCUUUGUUCAACCCGGUAAUGAAAGUUCUGCUCAUGGACUGGUUCCAUUUCUCCUUUGUCCUCUGACUUUGUUUCAUUUGAACUUUUCAUCCUGGCCUUAACUUCUGGAGUGGGACUGGACAAUGCACCGAAUUAACUUAUUCUAGUCUAGGAAUUUACUCAUAUUCCAAUUCACAUAUUAAAUUCUACAGGAAAACAGAGGUUCAGCUAAUCUGCUCAUUCGUGAGAUGUAAAAUCAGAACAUGGACCCAUUUCAAAGUAAACUAGCAGAUGAAAGUAAUGAAAUUUAUUAUAUAUGACAAAUUUGCUAUUGUUAAUUUAUGAUUAUAAAGUAAAAUGUACAUUGUUAUAUCAUUUUGGUCAUAUUGUCCAGACCUGUUCUGUAAGUUAUAUGUAAAACAAAUAUGUCACUUUAACUUUAAUAAAUAUUGCUGUUCCCUAAGCAACAACAAA